AUGUUGCGUGUUGACCUUGAUUCUUCUCUGCAGCUGGGUUCAGCGACACUAUUCAGCUUAGAGGACGCCAUCAAGGAAAACAAGACGAUAAAUGAACUCUACGGGGACCUUAAGCGACAGAAUCACGCGGGUUCCAGCAAACCCUAUAGGCCCCCUUUCCUGAGAAGUCUGCCCUGCGAUAUUCAAGAUAUCUUCAUUGAUGUGACAUCCCUUGCUUCAACACUCAACGACGCAACGCACGGAGCCAGUCCCAAGCUGAAUUCCUCCACUUUUCACAGUGACCUGCUCGUACUUGGUUAUCGUUUGGUGGAUAGGUACACCCUGGGUGGGUGUCGUCCCGGGUGCACAGUUGAGAACGGAAUCCACCUAGGCCUGACCGCGUUUUUGGUUACAUUCUUGCCGGGACUAGAUCGUCGUAUUGCUCAUAAUGCUCUUCUCUUUAAGCUACUUCUCGAUGCUGCUCAAGCUUUCUCAGAUGACGGACUAGAUAUCCAGGAAUUGUUACUUUGGAUGCUUUAUAUUGGAGCAGCGUCAUCGUCUCAGCUGGGGGCUCAUCCUAUGUGGAUCUCGAAAUCAAAGGAGACUAUCGAUACUCUGAAAUUGAGGACAUGGGAACAAGUCCAGGACAUGCUUGCGAAAUAUCCAUGGGUCACCCCAGUCCACGAUACAGCUGGGAAGGCCCUGUGGCUUCACGCCCACCAAAACUAA